AUGCCGGAGGCUGAAGAACCACCACCGCACGACAUGGCAAGGCUGGUCAACUACUGUGAAGAGGCAGGGCUCGAGCUCAUCGUGGCCACCGACUCGAACGCGCAUCACCCCCUAUGGGGGAUGGAAGCAGGUAACGAGAGAGGUAAGAAGCUCGUCGAGUACCUAUUCACUACAAACCUCAACCUCCUUAACACAGGUUCAGAACCGACAUUUGUAAACAGACGCAGCAGGACAAUCAUUGACCUGACCCUAGCAACCGAAAAAGCAUCGAGACUAAUCUCGGGCUGGCAUGUAUCGAAGGAGGUAUCGUGCUCAGACCACAGGUGGAUUCGAUUUGACAUUCAGGUAGAAACACGAGCAGCAGUGCCCAGGCGGAACCCACGCAAGAUGAAUCGUGACCUUUACACGGUGCGAUUGUCUACAACAUUGAAACAGCUGGAGGGUCCCCUUAGAAUAGAAGGCACAGCGGGCAUAGAGGAACAGGUAAGCAUUCUCACGAGCACCAUUCUGGAUUGCUACCAUCAAGCAUGCCCCUUAUCGACCCCACCGACCAGAAGCAGAGGGAAAAACAACUGGUGGGGACCUGAGCUGGAGAGACUCAGGGGCAAGAUGAGGAGGCAACUGAACAGAGCUAUGAACACAGGCGCUGACGAGGACUGGGACAACUAUAAGUCCACCAAGGCCAAAUACAAAAAACGUCUCAGGUACAGAAGCACAAACUCUUGGCGCAAAUUCUGUACAGACAUCGAGACCACCACGCAGGCCAACAGGGUAAGGAAGGUCCUCUCCACCAACUCGACCAUAACCUUAGGAUCCCUGCGUAAGCCAGACAACUCUCUCACAAACUCACCGGAGGAGGCGGAACGGGUCCUAGUGCAAACGCACUUCCCGGACUGCGUGAUAUCGCACCCAGUAAGUUGGAACGAGAGGGAGACAACCACCCCGACGGAAGCGUUGACGCACGGGAGGAGACGCGCGGGGAACGGGCCCCGGCAGGCGCAGCCGCCCUCCCCUCUCACCGCCGCGGCGCUGCCCGGCAGAGACCCUACGAUCUUCAUCGCGCUCACGCGCAUGUUUUGCUAUCGAUUGUUUCCUACGUUUCGUGUUCCACGGGAUCGUCGCGAGUCCCGCAAGUACGUGCGCCAAGUACCUACGAGUAUCUUGGCGGCUGGGGACGCGUCACAGAUCACCUCCCCUAGAUGCUGUGCCCAUUGA